AACUGGCAACACUGUCAGUACGUCAAAAGCAAAAAAUGGCGAUUUUUUUCACGACCUCUUGCUCCAAUGUUUCGCGAUAGUGUAUUAAAACUUUUGUAUUUUUCUUAUAAAUUAACAAUACAAAAAUUGAAUAUUUUUACAAAAACUAAUAGUUAAAUAUGUGCAUUCAAAAUAUUUCUAAAAAUUUCAAGAGUUUAAAAGGAUUUCAAGCCUAAAAUCACGUGAUAAAAUUGAUGAAAAAAUUGCAAAAAACGGUGAAAAAUUUUUUUUUUGGACCCACCACAAGUUAAAAAAACUUAAAAUCUAAAAAAAUGGUGGAGCAUGGACAAUAAUAAUAAUAAAAAAAGUAUAAAAAUAAAAAAAGAAAUAUUUACAAAGAAAUUAAAUAUGCUUAAAAGUAGCAAGAAAUGCAAAUAGGUGUUUGUGUUGUGUAUGUGUGCUUUUUUUUGUUCUUUCUGAACUAAAUUGAUUUGUGUAUGGAAAAAUUAAUGAUAAUGAUAAAGUAACAACAAUGGUUGAAUGUAAUCCAACCGACCCUUCACCCUUAACUACUACCACAACUACAACAACUACUAUUAUUAAACGAACAACAAAAGCAGCAGCAGCAACAACAACGACAGCAAAGAUAUCGUCAAUAAAAACGGUACAACAAAAACAAGAGCAAUUGCUACGGCUGCCUCCUAACAAUAUCAAAAAUAAUAACAACUUCGUAAUCAUCAUUCAAUCAUUUACGACAAAGAUAUUUUGUUACCUACAAAUAUAAUAAUUUUUAUUAUUAAACAACAUUAAGAACAACAAAAAUUACCUAUAAUAAAAAAAAUACUAUUUUUAAAAUUUGGCAUUGUGGCGCGAUGUUUCUUUUUCUAUUAGUGGUUAUUACUGCCAAACAUGUUUAAAAGAUUAUCCUUUUGAUGAUGUUAAAAUGCCUGCUUUUAUCAAUGUUUACAUUUAAAUUUAAUACUAUAAAUUAUUAAAAAUAAAUUACAAAUAUUAAUUUGCAAGUAAACUAAACAAAAUUAAAAACCAAAAAUAUGUAUACUCUAUUGAAAAAUAAUUUGUUUAUUAAAAAUGUUUACAUUUUUCAAAAUAUGCGAACUUUUGCUAAAUCAUUGUUUAUUCUUCAAAUGUCAGUGUUACUUUAUCUUACACUGUGUAUGAAAGGAGUAAACUUAGUACAGGCUGUACCAUUAACCACAAAUAUUUCAUUGCGGGAUAAUACAACUGUUGCUAAUUAUAAUAGCAUGUCAUCAGAAUAUGAUCACACAAAUAGAGAUAGUUCUAUAGCUGCAGCAGCAACAACAACUACAACAACUACAAAACCGUAUGGUAUUUUAAAUGAUUCUUUACCUAUGAUGCUGGUCUCCCAGGUUACACCAGUCACCACACAAAAUAAACCAAAAACAAAGAUUCGUGAUCGUCCAUUAAAAUGUCAUUGUGACAUUUGUAAAGACAACAAUUAUAUAUGUGAAACAGAUGGCUACUGUUUCACCUCAGUACAAAAAGAAACAUCAGGAGCAUUAAUAUUUAGUUACAGAUGUCUAAAUAUGUCACAAAGUUUUCCACCCGGUCGUUUUAUAUGGUGCAACGACGGUCGUAAUGGUGGUCCAACAGCCAGACCAGCUGCUAAACAUGGUGGUCAUGCUUGUUGCAAAAACUAUGAUUUAUGCAAUUUAAAUUUAAAACCAAUAAUUCGUUAUUACGAUUCCCAUAAUGGGCUACAGCUAAAUGAUUCAACAAAAGAUUAUUUACCGGAGGAGAGUAUAAACACUUGGGUGCUGGUCGCCAUUAUAUUUGGAGCAACAUUAGCUGCCUGUCUUUCGGUGUUCUUAUCAUGGUGCUACUGGCAAAAACGCAAACAGGGCAGUCGAGCUCGACCAUUUGCUCCUGAAGAUUCGGUAUAUGAUCCCAUACUGAAUGGCAACACUUUACAGGAUAUAAUAGAAAUGACAACAUCGGGUUCUGGAUCAGCGGGUCUGCCUUUACUCGUACAGCGCUCUAUUGCCAGACAGAUACAAUUGUGUCAUGUUAUAGGCAAAGGUCGUUUUGGCGAAGUCUGGCGCGGUCGCUGGCGUGGCGAAAAUGUGGCUGUGAAAAUAUUUUCCAGUCGUGAAGAGUGCUCUUGGUUUCGAGAGGCCGAAAUUUAUCAGACUGUCAUGUUGAGACAUGAAAAUAUUUUAGGUUUCAUAGCAGCCGAUAAUAAAGAUAAUGGCACUUGGACUCAACUCUGGCUGGUUACCGAUUACCAUGAAAAUGGUUCUCUAUUUGAUUAUUUAACCUCCCAUACGGUUGAUACCAAAACCAUGCUUAGCAUGGCUCUAUCUAUAGCCACUGGUUUGGCUCAUCUACACAUGGAUAUUGUGGGCACACGCGGUAAACCUGCAAUUGCACAUCGUGAUUUGAAAUCUAAGAAUAUAUUGGUUAAAACCAAUCUCACUUGUGCCAUUGGUGAUUUGGGUUUAGCCGUGAGGCAUGUGGAGAAAAAUGAUUCUGUAGAUAUACCCUCUACACAUAGGGUGGGUACAAAACGCUAUAUGGCUCCCGAAGUUUUGGAUGAAACUAUGAAUGCCCAACAUUUCGAUGCUUACAAGAGAGCCGAUGUUUAUGCAUUCGGUUUGAUUUUGUGGGAGAUAGCGAGACGCUGUAAUAUGGGUAUGAUAUAUGAUGAAUAUCAAUUGCCAUACUAUGAUGUAGUGCAGCCGGAUCCUAGUAUAGAGGAAAUGAAAAAGGUCGUCUGCAUUGAUAAAAUGCGUCCGAACAUUCCUAAUCGUUGGCAUGCUUCCGAAGUACUACACAGUAUGGCGAAAGUGAUGAAAGAAUGCUGGUAUCCAAAUCCAGUGGCACGUUUGACUGCUCUUAGAAUAAAAAAGACAUUAUCUAAUAUAAGUGUAGAAGAUAAAGUUAAAAACUGAUUGUCAAUAAACAAUCUAGUGACCAUAAAUUCAUUAAAACCGAUUAUUUCACCCACAACAUUUCCCGUACAAAUACAUCAUCAUCCUAUUAGCUUAUUAUAAUUAUCAUUACAACAAUAGCAAACAUCAGCAUUCCUUUCUUCAUAACAUUAAUUACCCCUCAUCUCUCGCACUCAUUCACUUACUUACUUACCUGCACCAACCCAAACAACUGAAUAUUUUUAUAUAUUUGUGUGUAUGUGUAUACAUAUUAAGAAAUUUGUUUUUAUUUUUUUCUUCUUUCUGUUGAGCUUUAAAUAAUAAUUAUUGAUUAAUUCCAUUAGAUUUAACAUGUAUGUAUUGAUGUUACAAUACAAAUGUAACAAUCCUUGUAUAAAGAAAAUGUUUCCUUUUUCAUAAGAAUUGAUAAGUUACUUUGAUUUUUUGUUUUAUUUGUUUAGUAUGUAUGUAUAACAAUUUAAAUGUUUAAUUUAUAUUCAAAAAUAUAUGUAUGUAUGUGUGUACUAUACUAUUUAAUAAGGCAGCUAAAUUUAAGAUUUUAUGUAAAAAUUUUACAAAAUUAUUAUUGAAAAGAAAAAACAAAAAAAAUCUUCAAGAUUAUAAAAGGCAUUAAAAUUAAACAGUUAAGUAAACCUACAAAGAAAUUAUAAACAUAAGUUUUAACUUAUUUUGUAGGUGUAACUAAUUAUUAAUAAACUAAAUUUAUUAUUAGAAAUAAUAUUUUUGAAUUAAAACUUAAAAUAAGUUGCUAAUUGUAAAUAAGAUUUUGAAAGUAUAAAAAUGCUAACUAUAAGUAUAUGAUGGAAAGUAUCAUAUCAGAACAAUUUUUGGAUUUAUUAUUAAAUAAAAAAAACAAAACAAAUAUACACAACAGCUUUUAAAUCUGUGAACCAAAAAUUUUUCUUUGAAUCUUACCAUUGUUCUUUUAUAAAAAAAAAAACAAAAAAAAAAAAGAAAAUAUGUGAAAAAUUAAUAAAACCAACUGAAAUUAAACCAAACACCUGAUUGUGUAAAACCUCCCCCUGUUGUAUAUACAUAAAUUUUAUAAUAUUUAUAAUACAAAUUAAAUAUGUAACAAAAAACAAGAUUUACUAUAUAUACUUUACUAUUAUUAUACGUAUGUAUUUAGUAUAAGUUUAACGUUUAAGACUCUUUUUUUUUGUUUCUUUUAAGUGGCAAAUUUAUAUUUUUAGUUUUUGUUUUUUAUUUUUAAUUUUUUUUUUUGCCUGUAAAAUAUAAAAACAAAAAAAAUCUGUAUAUUAUAUACACCUUCCUACCACAAACAAAACACAAAAACAACAUACAUAUUGUAUACAUUUUCUAAAUAUAAUUAUAGUUUUUAUAUUAA